AUGAAGGAAGACGAAACGAUGGACCAUGCGGAGGAAGUUGUUCCCUCAACUAACUUUCAUGGUUCAACUGCAGAUCGUCCGGUUGUCGACGGUACUAACGAGAAGCCAAGUGACGAGAGCAAGGCGAUACAACAGCCGACCACGUCUUCCCGGAUGAGUUCGUCAAAGACGACAGCAGGAACGAAUUCACAACCACAGAUGAAUGACCAAAAGAAGACAGAAAAGUCUCCUGCUCCUGCGCCACUUAUAGCGCCAGGCGCUCCUCUGGAACCCUACGAAGCAUUUAUACAACAAUAUCCAGAUUACCCUGGUGAAAACGGCGGUGACAAAUUGCCCGGGACCAAGUCCAACUUCAUUUAUGCUUGUGUAUACCUCAACUACCUACGUCCAAGGAAGCAGAUUCGAGACUGCCUCUAUGACGAAUUCAUCCGAGCUUAUCCGUGCUCUUAUGGGGAGGGCAACUUGAGUCAUAUCCUCAGAUCGUACCCGGAGGAGUUCGCACGCGCGAAUGAGCUGGUCUCCAAGAAAAGCGAAGAUGAUGGUGGCGGGGAUGAUCUAAUGAUAUAUACAAGCUCAGAAGACGAAGGUGACUUUGAUGAGGACGACAGCCAGCGUUCGGUUUCACCAUCUCACCAUUCUUCGGAAAGGGGAAGCGUCGAGUCACCACAGCCAAUUGCAACUAUCGAGGACGAUAUGGAAAUCGACCUCCCUGAGAUUCCGUCUGCACCUUCAACUUCCAGCAAAGGAAGGCCAUCAUUAGCAUCGACGAAUGAUUUGGAGAUCGUCUCGAGGCCUGUGCCAACGGCGAAGCCCAUCACUCCCGCACAGUCGAGCAUCAGACGACGGAACCCAGUUUCUGAGAGAAAGCCAGUGCAGUCCUCACGAGUUCAAGAGAUCUUGACUCAGCCUCCUCCACCCACUUCACCCCAAAUGCCACAAACUUCAAUGUUACCGCCAUCCACCAUAGGAGGCUCAGCAAUCAAGUCGGCGGCUCCUCGACAUUCACAGUAUUUCAAAAGAAUAUCCGAGGACCUACGGAAGGCAACACCAAAGCAACGCUCAGCAAAAGACCUUGAAAAGCUUCGAGAGCAUUUCAGAAAAUCGAAAGGGACAGGGGCGCAAGAUCGUCGAAGCAGCAGUGGCCGGUUUGAAUAG